AAGCUCAGACCAGAAAUUCAAGAAAUUGCGGGAACCACAAAAUCCAAAGAGACUCUGACUGAAACAAGCAGAUAAUCCCCAUUAACCUUCCACUCUAGUUUUCCCAACAAUCUCUAAUCCCACACAAAAUGGUCAGAACCUCUUCCCUCACACCCAGAAGCAAAUUCUUCAUAAGAAAACACAGAAAAUGGCCAGUCUCACCCUACAACACCAAAUGGCACACCCUCUUCAAUCAACACCAAGCACUACAAACCCUCAAACACUCCCCACUAAACCCACCCCAAAACCUUCUCUCCACACUCAUCCACUCCUUCAAAACCUUCAACUCUGACCCAACCCCUGAAGCUUACAACUUUGUCCUCAAAACCCUAACUAAAACCUCACAACUGACCCACAUCCCUUCUGUUCUUGACCGCCUUGAAUCUGUAGAAAAAUUCCACACACCCGAAUCGAUUUUCGCCAAUCUGAUUAGAUUUUAUGGCAGUGCCAAUCGAAUUGGGGAUGCCAUUGAUGUUUUCUACAGGAUUCCCAAGUUCAGGUGUGACCCUUCUGCGGUUUCACUCAAUUCUUUGCUGUAUGUGCUUUGUGGGAGUAGUGAAGGUCUUAAAAUGGUGCCCCAGAUUUUGUUGAACAGCCGAGCUAUGGGGAUUAGGCUUGAAGAGUCGAGCUUUCGGAUUUUAAUCACUGCAUUGUGUGGAAUUGGAAGGGUUGGGUAUGCCAUUGAGAUAAUGAAGUGCAUGAUCAGAAAUGGGUAUGAUUUGGAUGUAAAGAUUUGCUCUUUGGUGCUGUCAUCAUUGUGUGAGCAAAAGGGUUUAGCUGGUUUGGAGGUUGUGGGUUUUUUGGAAGAAAUGAAGAGAGUUGGGUUUUGUGCUGGGAUGAUGGACUAUUCAAAUGUGAUUAGGUUUUUGGUGAAACAGGGGAAGGGUUUGGAUGCUUUGAGGGUUUUGGGGAAGAUGAAAGCGGAGGGAAUGAAGCCUGAUGUUGUUUGUUAUACCAUGGUUUUACAUGGGGUUAUUGCAGAUGGGGAUUACAAGAAUGCGGAUAAGGUGUUCGAUGAAUUGCUUGUGUUGGGUUUGGUUCCUGAUGUUUAUACUUACAAUGUGUAUAUAAAUGGGUUGUGUAAGCAGAACAAUGUGGAAGCUGGAAUAAAGAUGAUUACUUGUAUGGAAGAGUUGGGGUGCAAGCCGAAUUUGAUUACUUAUAACAUGUUGUUGAAGGCGUUAUGUAAGAAUGGGGAGCUGGGUCGGGCGAAGGAGCUUGUGAGUGAGAUGACCUUAAAGGAUGUUGGGGUAAACUUGCAGACAGAUAGAAUUAUGCUGGAUGGUUUGUUUUGUAAAGGUGACAUUGAUGAAGCUUGUAUCUUUAUGGAGGAAAUGUUGGAUAAGUUUCUCUGUCGUUGUUGUUCGGCAUAUGAUGAUGUUAUCUCUGGGUUGUGCCAGAGGGGUUUGGUUUGUAAAGCAAUGGAUUUGCUGCUGAAAAUGGUUGACAAGAACGUUGCGCCCGGGGCAAGAGCUUGGGAAGCACUACUUCUUAGCUCAGGAACUAGACCUUGCUUAGUAGAGACUACUUGGACUGGUUUAGUGAACCCAAUUGAAGUCGAUUGACUUCACUACUUCACCUACACAAACAUUGUGUAAUCACAACUAUAGUUUAUUCUUUUCACCUCCACUAUGGACGCUGAAACAGACGUUACUGCUAUUGAGAUAGAAUUGUACGAUCAAUAAUGAGUACAUUUAGACAUGAAGUUUGAUCUUUAAUACUGUUUCCACUCUGUAAACAAAAGGAUUCAGCUGGUUUUGUGGUCUUGGGUUUUCUGGAAAAAACGAAUAAACUUGGGUUUGACACUGGUGGACUAUUCUAAUAUGAUUAAGUUUUGGUGAAACAAGGCAAGGGUUUGUAUGCUUUCAUUAUGAUGGGUAAGAAGGAAAGUGGAGGGAAUUACACCUCCUAACAUGGUUUUACACGGUGUAUUUGUGAAAGAUAAAUAUGGAGAGCAGAUGAGCUGUUUGUUAUAUCACAGUUUUACAUGGUGUUAUUGCAGAUGGGGAUUACAAGAAUGCAGAUAAGGUGCUUGAUGAAUCACUUGUGUUGGGUUGAUUCCAGAUGUUCAUACUUACUAUCUGUAUGGAAGUUGAUUUGUUGCAUGGAAUUUGAGUGCAAGUCUAAUAUGAUUAUAACAUCUUGUUGAAGGCAUUAUGUAAAAAUGGUAAGCUAAGAAGGGGGUUGUGAGCCCAAUGACAUUAAAGGUGUUGACUGUUGAAAAUUCGCAGAUAUGUAGGAUUAUAUGCUGGAUGGUAUGUUUCGUGAAGGUGACAUCAAUGAAGCUCGUCUCUUUAUGGAGGAAAUGACCUUAAAGGUGUUGACUGUUGAAAAUUCGCAGAUAUGUAGGAUUAUAUGCCGGAUGGUAUGUUUCGUGAAGGUGACAUCAAUGACACCAAUGACCUUAAAGGUGUUGACUGUUGAAAAUUCGCAGAUAUGUAGGAUUAUAUUGUGGGUGGUAUGUUUCGUGAAGGUGACUUCAAUGAAUCUCGUCUCUUUAUGGAGGAAAUGUUGUUUUGACUUUUGAUGAGAUAAUCAAUGGGUUCUGUUGAAGGCCUUUGAUUUGUAAAGCAAUGAACUUGGUGAAGAAAAAUGGUUGACAAGAGAGUUUUUCCUGGGGGCUUGGGAAGCACUACUCUGUAGCUCAGGGUCUGAAACUUGUUUAGUAGAGACUACUUGCGUCAGCUUGGUAAAACUAGUUGAAGUUGAUGGACUUCAGUUACACGUGCAAUGCAAUAGUUUUAGCUGGUGUAUUGAACUGAAUCCACAAUUAAAGUUCACAUACACAAUGCAAAGGAACAGACGUUAUUGCUAUUGGGAUAAAGAAUUACAAGAUCAGUAAUGGGUAUGGUUUAGAUGUGAGGAUUUUUAGUUGAUAUGUCAUCACUGUGUUGGGUUUUGUCCUGGUAUGAUGGACCACUUUGGUGAAACAAGGUACUACUUGGAUGCUUCAAAUGUUUUGUACUAAAUGCAAGUGGAGGGAAUUAAACCUCAUAUUGUUUGGUGUAUAUACGCCUAUACCAUGGUUUUACAAGGUGUUAUUGCAGACGGGAAUUAAGGAAAGCAGUUGAAUUGUUUGAUGAAUUAUAUGUGUCGGGUUGGUUCCUGAUGUUUGUACAAUGUGUAUGUGAAUGGUUAGUGUAAGCAAAAUAAUUUGGAAACUGAAUUGGAGAUGAUUUCUUGUAUGGAAGAGUAGGGGUUUUAAUUACUUAUAACAUUUUGUUCAAGGCCAUGAGUUAUAUGACUCCAAAGGGUGCUGGAGUGAGCUUGCCAAAACAUAAGAGUAUGCUGGAUGGUCUCUUUCGUAAACUUGAUGCCCACAAAGCUUGUAUUUCAACGGAGGAAAUGCGACUUCAGUUGUUCUGCAUUUCGACAAAUGAUGAGAUAAUUCAUGUAUUGUGCCAAAGGGGGCCUGGUCUGUAAAGUACUGGAAUUACUGAAGAAAGUGGUUGACAAGAACAUUGCGCUGAGGGCAAGGCCUUGGGAAGCACUAGUCUUUAGCUCAGGAUCUCAUCACUAGACUACUUGGCCUAGUUUGGUAAAAGCCCAUUGAAGCUAGUUAUUGACUCCACCUAUACAAGACAAUGCGUUGGUUCUUUUAGUGAAAACAAUGCGUUGGUUUUAGUUGGUGUAGUGAAUCCAUAACAAGAGGUGAUUGAUUUCAACUAUACAAUGCAAAGGUGAAGAUGAAGUUGCUCCUUCCAUGUGCAUCAGAUGCCUUUUCUUUUAUCCUUUUUCUGAAGUUGGGCAAUUUAGCCUGACUUAGCUCACUGCACUUUUGCUGGCCGUUUGUUCAUUUCAGUGUCCAAGAAUGUUUGGCAGAGAGACUUGUAAGUACAUCUCUACCAUUACCAACCUAUAAUCACUGUCUCUUCUGUCCUUA